UCCGUAUUCACCUGUAUUCGCUUUUCUUUGAUUCAAGCUCUGAUUUAUCAACUCAUGAUUAUGAAUUGAUUCCGUAAUUGGAUUAAAUGCCUUCGCCACAUUUCAUUUCUUUAUUAUUAUUAUUAUAAGUAUUCGGAUUCACAGUCAUCGAUUUUGUUGAAAUCAUUAUCAAUUUAUGUGUCCACGCUAUUACUUGGAUUCCUGCUUCAUUUCUAUCCUCUACACCUGAAAAUAAGGAGGAAUAGGAUAACAAGAGAAAUUGGGGGUGAUGGCAUCUUUCUGGGAUAGCUACAAGGAAUUCUGGUCGGAGAGGUUCUCCUUUCUUAGCAAUUAUUCCAAUGCUAUCCAACGCGAUAGGCCACUCCAUCCUUGGACUGAUUCUGAUGUUGAUCAGUUCAUUGCUUUGGAUCCUGUUCAUGGACCUGCUUUGAAAAGUGCUAGAGAUGCAGUACAAUUUGGCAUCACUGGAAGUGCUUUGGGAGCAGCAUUCACUGCAGGCUACGCAUGGAAAUAUUCAAGAAGUUUGCAUGGUGCUGCACUUUCUUUUCUAGCUGGAGGUGUAUUUGGGUGGACGUUUGGGCAUGAAAUUGCAAAUCAUGCACUUCAACUCUACAGGUUAGAUACACUGGCUGCAGAGGCUAAGUUUUUGGAAUGGUGGAAAAAUAAGAGCGAAUGAGGCUAUUAGAUCUAUUAGCUGCUGGUGUGUCAGAGUGCAACUUUUGUUCUCCUUUCAGGAAGUUUAAUCUCAGUGUUUGCUGUGCAAAUUUAUGUUAAUUGAAUAAAUGCUUCUUUGUGACAUAGGUCAAGCUUUUCAACUAGUUUGAUGCAUCACCAUAAAGCAAAUUGUGACUUUAAGUGCCAAUUCCACCCUUUUCUGUUCUUACUUCUUAGUUAUUUGCAUUAUCA